AUGGUCCAAGCUGCAUAUGUCCAAGGGACAACAGCUGCAUCGCCUGACGUCAAAGCCCACCUUGGAACGUCAGAUCGUCCUUUCGUGGCCCCUCUUAUCCUCUACUCUCAGUACAUGCACAACGAUAUGCAGUGGAAUGAGGCAAUAUACCCAUCUCGAUUUCCUGAUGUUGGUGCAGAUCGAUUGCGUGUGCGAUCCAGUCGGGACUUGGCUUUCCAGCCACCAAAUUGGUUCGCUGCACGUCAGCCACGCCGAUUAGGGCUGACUUCGUACCGCCUUGGACUACGUGAGCAGUGGGGACAGAUCUGCACGAUGUAA